AUGCCGAGGUCGACGCCACCCACCGCGGUAACAGGUGUUGGUCUGGCCCCGAACUCGUACAAAAUCGAUGGCGAGAGCCAGAUCGGCGUCGGAAGGGGUUUCCCCGCCGAUCCUCCACCCCCUCGGCCGUCAUCCCUCUGCCGGCCUUCCCCCUUGGCAACCUUCGCCAUCCCCUCGAUUAAGGAAGAGGAGAGGGUGGCGCGUAAGAACAGGGGGAGCGAGAACGAGAGGAGCGGGAGAACGCGCCGCAGCCGACGAAGAGAAGCGACGAGAAGGGGGUUGGAAACGCGAGUUACGCAGUUGGGGAGGGAGAGGGAGAGGGAGAGAAAGCUGCACACAAGCGCGGCGGCGAGGACGCAGGCGCCCGGGACGCGGGGCGACACUCGUCGGCGACGCUGCAUUGGCAGUUGCACCCCAGCCACACCCGGUACGAGCCAUGUAGUCGGGCUACCCUCCACCGCGAUACACGGCGGACAAUUGUUGCUUCUGCGCCUACAGGUGGUACAUCUUCGUCUUCGAUCUUCGCGGAGCUCGUCGGUACUCGCGUCCGCCGUCGCCGGGUGCCCGGGGAUACCGUCGUCGUCCUCAUUAUCGUCAUCUUCGUCGUCGUUUUCACCGUUGUCCUCAUCUUCGUCGUCGUCGUCGUCGUCGUCGUCGUUGUCGCCUUCGUUCUCAUCGUUUCUUUCCACGUCACCACCACCGCCGCCGCCGCCGCCGCCGCCGCCGCCGUCGUCGUCGUCGUCGUCGUCGUCAUCGUCGUCGUCGUCGUCGUCGUCGUCGUCGUUGUCAUUGUCGUCGUGACCAUCGAGGUGCUCGUUGUCGUGGUUACGCCUCGUGUAUAUCCGUCCGCUGUGCGAGACUACCGGUAGUCCGCGUAUCCGCCGAACGAACUAUCAUAGACACGUUACGUCGGUGCCUGUCGGGACAAGGGAUCCUGGACAAGGCUUUCGAUCCAAGGAAACGUCGAAAAGGAGAGAAUCAUCGGUGACGCAAGCGGUGUCCGCAGUGAAACCAGGGGGAAGUACCGUAGCUUCGGGCGCGCUCGUCAGCCAACUCGCUUUCGACUGCGACUGUGUGUACACUGUACCGUGUAUAGGUAGCGGGAGCGCGAGAACGAGGGUUGCAAGGGGGUGCGCGCGGGAUUUCCGGGGUCGCGGAGAGGACUAGAGGGAGCUAUCGACCACACACGUAAGGCGGCGGCGGUAGCGCUCGCACACACCGGCGCACACGGAUACACAACAUCGCGGACCUGUUGUCCAACUUGUUGCUCGUCCCUGCGAAGGCACACCCGCCCAUCUCCGGAGUCGAAGGAGAGGUUGUUUUCGAAAAAGGAACUAGUGCCAGUUACGAAGAAUCCAACAAUCGCAUAUUGGAACUUGGAACGCCGCGCUCCAACGAUCGAGCUCCGACUACUCCCAGAAACGCGGACGAAGAAGGUGAGGAUGGAAAUACGGUCAGAGUGAGAAACUCCGAAACUCCGAAGCUCCGAAGAGAGAACGUUCCGACACGAAGAAUUCGAAAUUGGGUUUCAAGCGAGAAAGGAAAGAGGAAAUGUCGUAAAGACGAUUGAUACUAUAUAUUCCCAGAUUGCAUUGCGAUAAGAAUUUCUACCGCCCAAAUAUAUAAUUUUGAACGAGCUUAAUACAGUGUACUACGUUUGAUCGGGAUAUAUAUUAGAUUGUGAACAAAUUUCGAUUCAUCUUACGAGACUUCCGCUCUUUAUGAAUUAAUAAGAGAACAUUGAAGAAGACCAGAAAGCUCCACUCUCAUCUUCAGAGAGUACAAUCCGUACUUUCCUACAAUCUGAAGGAAACUUUAAUGACGCGCGCUGGCUAAUUCAGAGGACCAACUCCUUAUAGAAAUUCAACUAUUCGUAUCAAAGCUCACAAAGUUGUUUACAAAGUUGUAAACAUCAGAGCGUCGGUUCGAGCUUCGUCGGGUAGCAUUCGCAUUUGACGAAAACGAACGGAGCGGUUGCCAAUAAAGUAGCGGACAAUCACAUCUCUCGAUUUCGAUAAUCAAACGAGAUUUUCCCUCAUCCUGAAGAAAACUCGCGUACAUUGUUCACAGUCAAUUUGCAGAGAAGACAGAGUUCCAGAUUGUGUUGCGAUGAGGAUAUUAUUAUCGGGACGUCCCGGGGCAACGACGUCAUCGGGAAUCGGCGUGACGAGAUACCAUCUGGAACAGCCGGGCGAAUGAAGAGUUCGCGAGUGAAUCUCGCGGAACCAGAGCGACGGAAGCCCCGACGUGGAUUCGCGCAUUCCCGGCGACGCAUGUAUUGCCGGAGGCAGUGCAGGAUAACGAACCUACGGCGGUGAAGCGGAGGAAGAGAAAAAGGGAGAGAACGGAAGAGAGAAGAGGAGGGAAGAGAGUUUAGCUAGAUGGGUAAAACGCGCACGUAGACGUAUGCGUGCGUUUUGCGAAACGACGAGAUACUAGGCGGGCAUGAGACCGACGCCGUAAAGCAUGUAAAUCUUCCACCCGUGAAUAUACAACGAAAGCAAUACUACAAACAAGAGUCCUAUUGAAUAAUCGUGCAACGACGUCUAGAAUUAAAUCAAGCGAUAUCGCCAAGAUAGCCAUCUCGAGCUGAGCGUUUCAUCUUUCCUAAGAAGAGAAUCGUUUUCGCUCAUCUUUGCUACUGAAAGGAAUUUUGAAUAGAAGGAACUUUAAUUGGGACAGUCUGCCGUUGAUUAGAUCGAUACGAAACGACCAUGUCGUGUCUCAGGAUAUCUUAGAGAAAGUGUAAAGAGUGGGAUGAACAGCUGAAGCUUCGAUUGAGAGAUCGUGCCUGGUAAAAUCUCCGCGUUAAUGAAUUAAGAAAGAUAAACUUGACAUUUUCGUGAAAACGGGAACGA